AUGAACUGUGACAUGACAGCUGGUCCUGUGGAGAAUAUUGAAUAUUGAUAUUCCUUUCUUUUAUUUACAUGUAUAAAGUAACAUAUUUUUAGGUUAUACUAUAAUUUUAUAGCUGUACUCAUAUAACAAAUGAAAAUUAUAAUCUCAUACUAAUACUUGUAGACAGUAAUUUAUUAUAAAAGCAAACGAUGGACGUGAAUUCAUCUUUUUGGUCCGGUUUGGGAUGCGGUAUCAGUAUAGCAUUAUCCGUAUACGCACUGAAAAAGUAUCUUGUUGGUGGAAGUUCAGUUGCCACCACUGCGAAGAAGUUUGCAUCAAAUACUGAAUAUAAACUAGUGCUGGUUGUACGAACAGAUCUGAAUAUGAGUAAAGGUAAAAUAGCAGCACAGUGUGGGCAUGCCGCUGUGGGAGCAUUUGAAAAGGCGCAGAAGAAGGAUCCAGAAGGUCUGAAGCUAUGGCAGUUAACUGGUCAAGCUAAAAUCGCUCUUAAAACUGACUCUGUUGAUGAAAUUAAACAAAUAUCGGACAACGCUAAGAAGAUGGGCUUGAUUACAUCUCUCAUAAGGGAUGCUGGAAGAACACAAAUUGCAGCAAACUCUAUAACAGUGUUGGGUGUGGGACCGGCACCAAAGGAUAUUGUUGAUCAAGUGACUGGACAUUUAAAACUAUUGUAAAAAUAACAUUAUUAGAAACA